UGGUGAAACACUAGGUUCGAGGUGGGGCACCAGGCGCGCUCGAUGUGGUGCACGCCCACAUAAUUGCCAAUGCUAUGCCUGGCAAUCGCGUAUUACGGGCCUACUAAGUUAGGAUUUUGCCGCAUCGUACCGCAUCCGUGCCGCACCCUACACAACAAGUGUCUAAUAUGUGUAUACAAUAUGUCUACGUCGUCUAUCAAGGUCUUAGAUAUGAGUUAUGAUGAAGAAAUACCAUAUAUAAAACGCGGACUAUUGAUAUUAAGGCAGCUGUGGCUUCAGAUGUGCCGCUUGAAUCAUCUUUCAACCCCUUCGAAUAGGACAAGGUUCAUCGACAUCUCAGGAUCUUCCCUGCCGCUCACAUCGCAACACUGUGAUGAGAUCGAUCGGAUCGUACUUGAAAAAACUGACCUUGAAGAUGAAAGGGCUAAUGCUACCAUCACGGAUCCAAGGCUUGUCUGGAUCAUGUUACAAAUUAUUUUGGCGACCAGUAGAUUGCUCAAACGAGAACACCUGAAAGGUAGUCUUGACACGGAAGUGGCAUCGACGAAGAAAACACUACAUAAACACCCUCAACUACGGGAAAUAAUCCGCCACGCCUGUCAGACGCGUUCGUUCACUCGCAUAGCUGAUCUCAAAACGCAGAACUAUUCUAAAUACCCCAACCUAGUGAUCCCGUGCGGUCGUCUCAAGUCGCAUCUCAGAUGCAGCGCCAAAGAGUGGACUUUGCGACACUGGUAUCGCACAAGCGCGGUCCAAUGCUGUCAUCUGCAGCCGCUCGUCAACAAGAUGAUUCCCAUCUAUUUUGACGAUCCUGCCCUUGGCUCCGGCGAUCUAAACCGCAUCUCACAGAUGUUUAUUUCCGAGAAAGCGGGGAAGAAUUACCAUGAGCAAGACUUAAAGUUGGUAACUCGCACGCAUGAUUCGAUCCAGUGUCUAUCGAAUCUCCCCUACAUCGCUCUUCUUCUUGACCUGAAUGUGAAACCAAAGCUUAACGUCACGUUCGCGGAGAAGGAGCCAAAUCACGCCAAAACAGACCGAUGUCUGCGGAUCUACCCUGUUGGAAUAAACAAAACCACAUUUCCAUUCUUGAGCCAACAUCCAUAA